UAUUUAGACAGUCUGGCUCCUCCCCUUCUCCCUGGAGCCAGGUGCUUGUUGCUUAUAGUAUAAAAACAAUUCCAUGAUCGAAAUAUCGCUGAGAACAACUUUAAAGGAUCUGGCGGUAACAGCUAUAUGAAUCACCUCACCUAAUUGACAUCGACUCGACAAUGCAAAGCAGCGUCAGCUACAAUAAGCCCCAGUUUGGGCAAUGGCUUAUCCAGCAGAUCAACAGUGGUGACUAUCCAGGCCUCUGCUGGGUGGACAAUGAUAAGUUCCGAGUUCCUUGGAAGCACAACUCCAGGAAAGAUUGCAAUGAUGAAGACAACAAAAUAUUCUGGGUAUGGGCCUGGAGGCUUGCAUCAGUAUUGCUGGCCUGGGCAUACGCCAGUGGCAAAAUCACAGAAAACCCAAACGACAAGGCCAAGUGGAAAACAAACUUCCGAUGUGCCUUGCAUAGCCUGAAGUACUUCAGAAAAAUAGAAGACCACUCCAAAGAGUCUGAUGACCCCCACAAAGUUUACCAGAUCAUACGCAACUUUGCAGCCGACAUUGAGAGUGAUCAGAAUGAGCACCUGAACAUAAAGCCCAGCUAUUGCCCAAUCCAGAAUAUGCAUCUUAAUGAAGCUCCUAAAUACACAGAAACACAGCCACAGGACCUGUCGAAUCAGCUCUUCACCCUUAAUCUGGACAACCAGCAUGCAGAAAAUAUCCCAUUGGAAGAAUCUUCUGGAUGCCAUAUUCCUGCUGAGAUGCAUAAUGUCUAUCACAUUGAGUCCAUGAGCACUGAACCCCAGAUCACCUCCCAGAAAUUUGCCGAUCAUUUCCCAGUGCAUUCCUACAUUACUGCAGUGAACCAGCCUCCCAUCCACCUCCAGAACCAGCCUUAUGUGAAUGAUCUGGAGAUUACCAUCUUCUACAGGAAGAAGACUGUUCUCACCACCCGGGUGUGCAGUCCCAGGGUACAGCUCCAUUACCACAGUGAGAACCCCGCACUGGGUGCUGGGCAGGCCGUGUGCUUCCCGGGCACUGAACAGCUAGUCGACCACAAGCAAAUUGAGUACACCAACCAGAUCCUCAACAGCAUUCAGAGUGGGCUGCUCCUGGAGGUCAAGCCAACUGGCAUCUAUGGUACACGCCAGGACAAGUGUCACGUGUACAGCAUCGCCUCUGAUGCCAUCCCCAACACUCCUGUCAAUGUGGAACCCCACAAACUACCCCAGAACAGGGAAGUGGAGCUCCUCAGCUUUCAAAAGUACACUAAUGAACUGAAGGAGUUUAAAGAAAACAAGCGUGGAUCCCCAGAAUACACAAUCUACCUUUGCUUUGGAGAAAAAUUCCCAGAUGGAAAACCCAGAGAGAAGAAAUUAAUUAUAGUAAAGGUUCUGCCUCUGAUCUGCAAGUAUUUCCAUGAAGUGGCUCAGCAUGAGGGGGCAACUUCCAUCCACAAUGACAGCAUCAGCCUUCAGUUCUCACACAACAGUCUAUACGACCUCAUCGGCUCUGUGUUUGACCUCCCUAUGGCUUUUUCCUGAAACCUGCAGCUUCAGGACCAGCAGUGUCUUAAUGUGGUCCUGGAGGUCUGGUGUGUCUGAAGGUUUUCUAGUUUCCUCUGGAGCAUCAGCAGCAGCACCAGCUCCUGAAAGAGGUGGUAGAAUUACUACAUUGACUAAGAUGCUGACAAAAUAAUUGCUGGUUUUACGUCCAGUUCUGCAGGUAGAGGUUCCCAUCACUUGCCUUCAUCUUUCCUUCCUUUAAUUACAACACCACUAUCCACCUGCCAUUUCUGCAGAAACUUAGUUUGAAAUGACAACAUUUUAAACAUAACAGUCAGUACUGCAAAAAUAUUACAUGAUCACGAUGCAAUUUCUUAAGCCUUUUCUCCACUAUGUUUGAUUCUAAGUUUCUUUGUUGUCAGGAGAUAGCUUUAUUGUCAGUCAUUCAUGAAUCAUUUUACAGUUAAUGCUCUGAACGGUGUGAGAUUAAUUCUCAUAAAUUAUUAAUCAGUAGGGCAGAUUAUGCAAACACAGACUGGAAUUGAGCCAAGAUACUGGAACUAAAUUCUGUAAGGAGACAGAGUUAGCACAGUAGGCUCUCGACAUCUGCAAAUUCUUAUUUGGAGAAGGGAGGAGAGGGAUGAAAUUGAGCUGAAGGUUGUUAAGUACUGGUUCCAAAUGAGCUGUGCAGCAGGCUAGGAUUUGGAGACAAGUCUAGCUAGUAAGCAUCUGCCUGCCCCACCCCAAGAACUUAAGACCCAGCAUCCGUUCCUGAGUGUUGUCUUUGUUUUGUAUUGUAGUAACAGAACUGCUCCCAGUUCUAUAUCAGCAGCACAGAAAAUGACAGGCUGGAGACAGUUUUAUUACCUGUUUCAUUACAGAGAGAGAGUAGGCAUCUGCUGGACACAGAGGAGGGAUUAGUGUUUAUUUUAACUGAUUACAGUACGUUUAUAAUUGCCAUUGUUGUGGUUGAUCAAUGUUAUUGUAAGUAACUUAAAGUUAAUUAAGAUUUUAAUUUUCGUACAAAGAAGGGUUACUUUUGUCUUUUAACCAAACAUACGAAGUACUAUAUGCAAACGUAUAGGGGUGUAUUUGGUUAUUUGCAAAUUUGGCUAUUUGGGAUGGUUCUCUAAACCAAACCCUUGUGAAUGUGAAUGUCAAGACCUUACUUUAUAGGUCAGGUAUUAAAGCAGAUGUACAAUGAUGGUGUAGUAAUGAUGUAAUGUAAGCUAAACACUUUUGAAAGAUGUGUCACUGUUUUCCAGAAGGAUAUGAUAUCUUUUUUUAGUUGGAGAUCUUAACCAUAUAAGAAUAUCCUUCCUUAACAGGAAUCGUGCAUAGAGGGAAGGAUCCAUUUAUUAUUGACAAAGUGGCUAGACUUAAUUAAUGUUGUUAAAUUUGAUUACUCUCAACCCAAAAUGUAUAGCCCAUUGAUUUUAGUUCGUGUAAUAAAUAAUGAUCUAGUUUCAAAGCAAUAAGGGAAAAGGUUGUGAUAAAAUGCCACAUGCAGUUAGCCGAUAUGAAACAGAAAUGGUUUGGAACCAAAUACUAGCUGUUCCUGUCAUUAUUAUACAUGAACAAUUCAUAAGUUUACUCCAUUCAUUAAUCACAUCAAACUGGAACACAUUUGUGUUUAGCAUUACAAACAUUGUAGAAGUUUGGUUAAAAUAAUGAAUCGGGGAUUUCUGCGAUAGGCUCAUAACUCUGUACUUUUAUUCCCAAGCUUCCAGAGGGUAUAAGAUUAUAAAUUACUGACACAUCAUUAACUGGCCCCUCACCCUGUAUACCACAGGCCAGUAACCUCUGCAGCUUAAAUAGCAGCUAUAGAUACAGUUGAAAUUUCAGAGGCUAGUGUACAAACAAUAAAAGAGUUUGCUUUUGGGGGGAAAAAAGGGUUAUUGGAAGACAUGGGGCAUAAGAGCUCAGCUGGAAGGGUGCUUGCAACAAGAUUUGCAAGAGAGUCGGUUUCGAUUCCUAAUUGUGCCUGUCAUUGCUAAAUAGCAGCUGCUUCUGAUGACUUGACAAAUUUGGGAAUCAAACUGUAACUGGCACAGAAGCAUCUCAUUAGUGGGAAAAUAUAGAGAACCAAAACAAAGGCAAAAGGGUGUUGAAAAUGGCACCAUACUGAUAUAAACACUCCCUGACUGCUUCCAAUCCAAUCGGCUGUUUAGUCUGAGAGAGAAUGUAAAACAUAGGCUGGCGGCUUUAGCACAUCUUCACUCGAGUGAAGGAUCAGCUAAUUAAGGGUUAAAAGAGUGGAAGUGCCAAGGUUGGCUUUCUGGCUCUGAUAUCUGGUAUUUGUUCCAGCCUGUUCUGUCAGUUAUGUAGUGGGUCUGAUUGUUCAUAAGUUUAAUUGGAACUGGGCUCUGAGGUAUUUUAUGAUUUCAUUUGUAAUGAAAUAAUCAACUGUAAAAAUACUUGAAGUAACAUACUGUACGUGUUUAACAAAAUAAUUAGGGUAAUUGUUUAAUUGAGAAUUUGGGUUGGACCAAAAACCAGAAGCCACAAGGCCCCCCGAGAGGUGAGGAGAAGACCCCUGUUCUAAACCCUCAGCAAGUUCCCUCCAGCUCCUUGAAAAAUUACUAUUAAUAAAUGCUUAAAUUAGGCAAUGUUUGAAAGGAGCUGGAUCUCCCACAUUAUUUUAAUCCGUUCUUCUUGUGAAGAAUUCAGGUGGUCUGCCCUGUGUGGGGUUCGUUAAAGGUGAAAACUGUGCCAAGUUGUGCAUUGUUUUGCAUACUUUUUCACUUGGCAUAAAUAAAACCUUUGAUAAUCAAAGAGAUUCCAAGUUAGUUUGAGAUCCGUUUUGAUCAUAUUGUUUCUUAUAAUGAUAAAGUACCUGCAAAAUACAAAUAAAUCUUAUUUGCAUAUUCA